AUGAGUUCCUCGAUAGAAAAGUUCCCGGGCGAGCUCCUCGAAGAAAUCCUGAGGGAUGCAAUCAUCAUUCCCGACGAACGUUUCCUCGCCUUUCGCACAGCCAGCACCUUUGCCACGUUCGUGCCGUCUACCGCUCCUGGCAUCCUUCGCGUCUCCAGGCGUUGGCACCAGAUUGGCACACCCUGGCUCUAUGAGUCCAUCAUCCUCCGCACUUCGGCACACGUAGCUCUUGUCUGCCGCGCACUUGCCGCGUUUCCCCUUCUCGCUACGCGAAUACGCAGGCUCCGCAUCGAGGUCGGUCCUAGUGAUUCUCUCAACUUUAUCGUGUGGUCUGCAGGUCCCACAAUCCACACCAUUUACUUGGCAGUGGAUCUGCCUGAUGACAUCUUCCACUCUGCACCUUACCUCUCCGUCGGCAGUGAGUUCUCUCGCGCUCUCCGCCGCAGCAAUCCGUCUCGUCUCGUCCUCGACGGGCUCGACUACAGAAACCGUCUGAACACAAUAAUCCGUCAGACGCUGUCCGAAGUCAUCCCCUCAUGGUUCAACCUUGUGCAGGUCGAUCUCAACUACCUCUCUAUGGCACUCGCCUUAGCGCUACGAGGCGGCCCUUCCGUGCGGCAGAUAUUCUUACGCCAGAAUAUCAUGUGUAAAUUCAUACCGAUUCUGCGUGCUCUUGCUGGCGGUUCUAGUCUCCAGGUCAUCCAUUGUCACCAUAUGCCGAAUCUCAACAUCCUCGAAAAGAUCUCCAUUCGAUUGCUCGAUAUCAUCCAAUUCGGAGAUGCGAGUGCAGCGACCGUUCUAAAGCGCACCAAGAUGUAUGCUCUAUCUUGCGCGGCGCCUGAUCUCCCCGACGAGGUAUGGAGCCGGAUCCUCGCCUUUGCGAUGCACGUGCACCAUCCCGAUUAUGUUGAUCUCUCCGUGGACGGGUUCCAUCAGAGCGUCCACGAGCACAUCAACGCCACCCGCUGCAGCAUCGUUCUCGUGUGUCGCAGAUUCAAUCGCCUCGGCACUCCCUUCCUCCACGCCUUCCCCAUAUUGGCAAAUUCGAAACUAGUCCAGUGUUACCUCAGGCUCCUCCAAAGGCAGCCUCAGCUUGCACGCUUCAUUCGCGCGUUUCCCUGGACAAUUGGUAGCAUGAUUUCUCUGGCAUUUGAAGAUUUUUUUAUCAAGUCAACUGUGAUCUCUCUUGUCGCGCUGCUCACUGCACUUGUACACGCAACACCCUAUUUCCGUGUCUUUCCACAGCUCGCAGAGGAGUUUGCCGAGGGCGAAAACUCGCCCCUCAUAUCGGCAGACCAGCUGCUCCUUGAUGGUGAAGAAGAUGUGUUCAUAUCUCCGAGUGCCUUUUUGCCGUUCUCGCAGCUGAGGUCUUUAGAGCUCAGUUGCGGGUGCACGAGCUUUGAUUCUGGAGAUGUCCCUCAUGAUGCACUGCCUGCGCUCACAACGCUCAAGAUAUUGAACUGUGGGUCUUCGCUUGUGAAGCUGUUCAUCGAGAUGCGCCUACCGUCCUUGAGAGAAGUUGAGAUCAAUGGGACACAAAUAGAUGUUGUGUAUCGCUUCCUCGUCCAGCAUGGCUUUGCACUCGAGCGCCUUGCGGCAUGUGCGAUGCAAUACUUGGAUGCGUGCCCGACGAACGUGCUGGACCUCUGUCCACACCUCAUCGAGUUGACUAUUCUGGACGCAUACCUCGUGCGUUCUAUCUCCUUUCUUCCUCUACCACGGUUGGCAAUUAAAUAUGCACAAUACCUCAUGCGGCCACCUCUCGGCUUCAUUGCCGACGCGGCACCCCAUACUACACUCAAGCGCAUCUCCCUUUGCAGCAUUGGCUAUAAGCAUUUCCCCGUGCACGAGUUAAUGCAGCUAUGCAGCAGAAUUGUGCCUCACCCGCUCAUGGCGCUUGAGGAAAUUGCCACUCCGCUGACCUAUUUUCUGCCGCGCAAUGAGGUGGAGCUAAAUGACCACCACUUGCGGGAGUGUGCGCGGCACAUGCUGGAGCAUGGCAUCGCAUUUGUAGACCACGAUGGAAAUAGAUGGACGAGGGUGUGA